UCCUUCCCCGAUUUUUCUUUCGUGUAUUAUCGAUUCCGGUUUUGUCGAGCGAUUCUCGUUUUGCGCAAAUGAAUGAUGUAGCUGUAUUCGUUGAAUCUUCUGUUUCCAGUCUCUGGAAACUGGGCCCGAAGAGAAAAUUUGGGAACUUUUUGGAUUCUUACUGGGUGAUUGGCGAUUGGUUUGAUCGUUCUUUGCUUAGUAUAGGUGGUGGUGAAGUGAGUUACUUUUUAGCUGUUUUGUAUAGAUUUUUGGUUGAAAUGACCGAAGGCGGUAAAAUUUUUAACGACAACUUGUGGGCAUUGAUCCAUAAUGAUACGGGAUUUGGUUCAGGCUGCUUCUCAGUGUCUUCUUAGCCGUUGUUUGGUCUUUUUUCUAAGGCGAUAAUAUGCUUUGGAGCAAUGAGUCAAUGACCAAGUGAAGGGACUCUUCUAUUUGGGCCUUAAUUUGUCUGAUGGAUAUGCUUGCCUUCCGUUAAGUAGUAGUAACGGUGAUGAAAUGUUGGUUAUUGGAUAUUGGAAUGCCGAUUUGCAGUUUCAUCAUAAAAAAAUUGUGGGAGGAUCCCUGUUUGGCACUCAAAGUGUGGAACCACCACAACAGCAUUCACAGACAACAACAACAACAACAACAACAUUGGAUAAACAGAGGGCUGAGUCAGCUAGGAAGAAUGUGAGAGCUCUCAAUAAUCAAUUCGCAAGUUGGGUGCAAAUGCAGCUAAAAAAUCACCCUGAUGAACUUUGGGAAGAUGGGUUACGUGACUAUCUUACUCAUGCGUCAAGCAUUCUUGAGAAGUUUAGUGAUGUGGUCAACUGGCUAAAAGCAAAUAGUGGGAAGGGGGAGAAACUAUCUUCUGAAUCUCAUGGUACAGAGAAGAAAUUGGUGGCCGAGUUCAAGAAUAACGAUGUUAAGUUAUUUCCUGAUAAGAACUCAUUUGUUACAAACAUCUCAACCACGGGUGCAGCAUCUGCAUCGAAUAGUCAGACUGGCCUCUUCUCGAACAGUCAGUCUGGAUUUUUCUCCGGUAGUCAGUCUGGUUUGUUCUCGAACAGCCAGCCUGGAGUUUUCUCUAGCAGCCAAUUCGGUUUAAAUGCCAAUAGCCAAAGCGGGUUGUUUGGCAGUGGGCAGUUUGGUUUGACCACCAGCACUCAACCUAGCCUAUUUCCCAGCAGUCAAUCUGGAGUUGUUUCCAAUAGCCAACCUUCAUUUUCAUUUUCUAACAAUCAAUCCCUGGCCAUGCCUGGAGUCAGUCUGGUGUCCAUUACUGCUAAGCGUGACGGUCUAGAGGAUGCAGACGGUGAAGACGAGCCACCUCAACCGAGCAGCCCAUCUGUCAAGAAGGCUGAAGAGAAGGGUAUUGUUGUGGUUCAUCAAGUCAAGUGCAAGCUUUAUGUCAAGUCAAAUGACCCAGCAGAUAAAGAUACAUGGAAAGAUAAAGGAACUGGGAAUCUCUGUAUUAAGUGCAAAGAGGGCGUCGACAAGGGAGCAAAAGAAUCAAAACCAACGAUUAUUGUCAGAAAUGAUGUUGGAAAACUGCUUCUGAAUGCUCUACUGUAUCAUGGAAUCAAGACGAAUGCGCAGAAGAACUCCCUAGUUGCAAUAUUCCACACCUCAGAGGAUGAUUCAAACGAGAGUGUUACUCCGAGAACAUUUCUGAUAAGGACAAAAACUGCUGAAGAUAGAGAUAAGUUAGCGAUAGCGAUAGAAGAAUACGCCCCUUCAUCAUGAAACACCAGCCAGGUCAAAUCUACUGUUUCAUUUUUCUUCUUUGUUGCUGUGAGGGGUCUCCUGGAAAUAACACGAGGCUUUGUUUAAGUCAAAUAAGAUUGUUGUAUGGUUCAGGGAGAGGGAGAGAGAGGCCAAAGAUACUUUGUAGCAUAGUAGGGGAGAUGUUGUGCCAAUUCAGAUAUGAAGAAGGGCUUUCUAUU